AUGUUGGUGGAACGAUCCAAGUUGUAUCUGAUAAGCAUGCCGCUACAUCGCUCAUACUUGCCAAUUUGGUCGCCCGACGAAUGCGCAAAUUCCGAGAUAACGAGGACGACUUCACCGGCUCUGGGACUACUCCAUCUCCUGUCAAGUCUCAGCUCAAAUGAUACCGAUGACGUUAGCCACGAAUUCCUGCGGGGCAUAGCCUAUUCUAUGGAUCUUACGACCAUGCCUGAGAACUUGUUGCUUCUGGUUCUCCCGAUGCUGCUACAUGUUGAUACAAAACUUCCGACCCCCGAGGACCUUCAUGCUCUGCAUGAAUUUGCUGAAGCGUCGCCAAUGCACCGAGAGCAUGUGGAAACAUGGUUGAGAUCUGAACCGGCUCAAAGCACACUUGAACAAGUUUUCAAGCCAUGGGUGAACUACUACAGCUUCAAACCCGCGUACCGAUGCAGAGGCGAGAUUGCGGCUUACAAAGCUAGUCGAGGUGGUGCUGGGUUUAACUAUGCGUACGAAUUCGUGAAGGAGUGUCAAUGUACAAGCUGCCUCUCACUUCUCGGCAAUCUUGGAUUGGUCGAUUUCAGGAACUACGACCAAAAUGGGAGGAGUUUCCUCCAUGCAGCUAUUGAGGGCGGAGAUGCCGAAAGUGUACUGUUCAUUGUCGCUACCUUGCUGAAAGGAGGCUUGGAUCCUCGUCACUUUCCCACGUCUAUCGAUGGGAUGUCUAUUCCCCACCAUGUCGCUUUGAUGCAUGACAAUGAUGUCUUUGGGGGGGUCGUUGAGUUUCUAGAGGAUGCCGGCUACCCUCUAUCUGUGUGGAACGAUGAUGGCCUCAAGCCUGAGCUGUGCAGCUUCAUCACUGCCGAAAUGGCCGAACGGCUCCUGUCGAAAGGAUUCAAUAUCACCAAGCUGCCCAGAAAUACUCUUCCAAUGUAUCUGCCCAAUGAGGAUGACCCCGAGUACGAGUCCGGCGAGGAAUGGGACCGCGAUGCAGGAUAUGGUGAUCCGAUCAUCCGGGACGAAAACUUCGACCCCGACAAUGACAAGCUCGACCCAAAGUCCAUUCAAUAUGAUGCGGUCGCAGUCAAUCCCAUCGAACUUCAUCCCACCUCUCGAACAAUCUGGCACCGGGCAAUCGAGAAUCCCGAAGGUCCACGAAUCCUUGACUGGCUCUUGGAUCACUCGUAUACCCAGCCAGGGCGUCGGACCGACUUCGACCGAGAUAAUGGUGAGACUGCUCUGGUAGCUGCCGCAAGAGGAGACGAGCCAGCUGGCAUUGAUUGGUUCUGUCAAAACUGUGAUCCCAUGGCGGGGAGGGUCCGAAAUUCCCAGCAUACCGAGGCACAGAUGCCUAUGCGUUACAAGUAG